GCCUCGGUGGGUCCCACUGCCGCCAUUGCAGGAGGCUCUGUGCGGCGGCCGCGCCGUGCGAACGAGAGGUCCCGCCCCGCAGCCCCCUCGGCGGCUGGUUCCUUUCCGGAGGUGGGUGGCGCCGCGGCGCAGCGGGCAACCCCGUCUGCCUCCGAUACUACUUUCUGCUUUUAGAAGUGCCUUCAUGUUCAACAAAACUUAAUGGGGCUUUGUCUAGCCAUUAAGAGCCAUGUCUGAUAACGGAGAACUGGAAGAUAAGCCACCAGCCCCUCCCGUCCGAAUGAGCAGUACCAUCUUCAGUUCAGGGGGCAAAGACCAGUUGUCUACCAACCACAGCUUGAAACCCCUGCCCUCUGUACCAGAAGAGAGAAAACCUAGGAACAAAAUAAUCUCCAUCUUCUCUGGCACUGAAAAAGGAAGCAAGAAAAAGGAAAAGGAAAGGCCAGAAAUUUCUCCUCCAUCAGACUUUGAACACACCAUCCAUGUUGGCUUUGAUGCGGUUACUGGAGAAUUCACUGGAAUGCCAGAGCAAUGGGCUCGAUUGCUACAGACCUCAAAUAUCACCAAGCUAGAGCAGAAGAAAAACCCUCAGGCUGUACUAGAUGUGCUGAAAUUCUAUGACUCCAAAGACACAGCAAAACAGAAGUACCUGAGCUUCUCCGCUCCAGAAAAAGAUGGUUUCGCUUCAGGAACACCAGCACCCAAUGCCAAAGGUUCAGAGCCCUCAACAGCAGUAGCAGAAGAUGACGAUGAUGAAGAGGUUCCUCCUCCGGUUAUUGCCCCUCGACCAGAUCAUACAAAAUCAAUUUACACACGGUCUGUAAUUGACCCUAUCCCUGCACCAGCUGGUGACACUUGUGAUAGUGCUGCCAAGUCAGCUGACAAGCAGAAAAAGAAGACCAAAAUGUCAGAUGAAGACAUCAUGGAAAAGCUACGGACUAUUGUGAGCAUAGGAGAUCCCAAGAAAAAAUACACCAGAUAUGAAAAAAUUGGGCAAGGUGCUUCAGGUACAGUUUUCACAGCUAUCGACGUGGCAACAGGACAGGAGGUUGCUAUCAAACAGAUAAACCUGCAGAAGCAGCCCAAGAAGGAGUUGAUUAUUAAUGAGAUCCUGGUAAUGAAAGAGUUAAAGAAUCCCAACAUAGUCAACUUCCUAGACAGUUUUCUUGUAGGUGAUGAAUUGUUUGUUGUGAUGGAGUACCUUGCUGGAGGGUCACUCACUGAUGUGGUCACAGAAACUUGCAUGGAUGAGGCACAGAUUGCUGCUGUUUGCAGAGAGUGUUUGCAAGCACUAGAGUUCCUACAUGCCAACCAGGUAAUCCACAGAGAUAUUAAGAGUGACAACGUGCUUUUAGGAAUGGAUGGAUCAGUUAAACUCACCGACUUUGGUUUCUGUGCUCAGAUCACCCCAGAGCAGAGCAAGCGCAGCACCAUGGUUGGGACUCCCUAUUGGAUGGCUCCUGAGGUGGUCACACGGAAAGCCUAUGGCCCUAAAGUGGAUAUCUGGUCUCUGGGUAUCAUGGCUAUUGAAAUGGUGGAAGGAGAGCCCCCAUACCUCAAUGAAAACCCUCUGAGGGCUUUGUAUUUAAUAGCAACUAAUGGCACACCAGAGCUGCAGAAUCCAGAGAAACUGUCCCCAAUAUUCCGGGAUUUUCUAAAUCGUUGUUUGGAGAUGGAUGUAGAGAAAAGGGGAUCAGCCAAAGAACUGCUACAGCAUCCUUUCCUGAAAUUGGCCAAACCUCUGUCUAGCUUGACGCCAUUGAUCCUGGCAGCCAAAGAAGCAAUGAAGAGUAACCGCUAACAUUGUUGCCAUGGCCUUCAUCUUUUUUU